AUGAGGUUCCUCAACGUGAAGACCUUGAAACUCCAUAGUUUUGAGGACGCCUCUGCAUACCCGCCCUACGCGAUCCUCUCUCAUUGCUGGUAUUCAUCGGAACAGGAGUUGACCUUCAAAGACUUUGAAGAUCUAAGUCAGCACACUUCAAAACCCGGAUAUUCCAAGAUCGUCAACGCCUGCCAUGCCGCUGUUACUCAGGGCUACAUGUGGCUCUGGGCGGACAGUGUCUGUAUCAAUGCAGAAGACACGCUUGAGAAGGAGGAGACCGUGAAAAGUCUUUACUCAAUGUUUUCAAAAGCAGGUGUUUGUCUGCGGUAUCUAAGCGAAAUACCCAAUGCGAAUAUCAAGGAUGAUGAUAAAGAAAUCUUAUCUUCACCUGCCCGAAAGAGUCGGUGGGCGAGUCGAGCAUGGACUUACAAAGAGCUGACUCCACCACACAAGUCGGUAUUUUAUGCCGCUGAUUGGUCUCAACUGGACCCAGAGCUUCAGGCUGAAGUCAGUACUAAUAUACUUGGAGUCAACCAAGACAACGGAUCGAAAGAAGACAGAAAUCGUUUCCAUUCUCCGUUAGAAGGGCCGACAGGGACUGGGACACUGAGCUCGUUUGACUUCAGCUCUGCUCCAACCGUUGAUGAAGCGGAGCGCUCAAUGAUCGCUGACGCAAGACGGAACCUAAACAUCACCCAAAAUGGAGCCUUGGACAAAUCAACAUGGGGUUACUCAUACACAGUCAAAUACAGAAGGGGUUUGAGUCAUAACUAUGGUGAUGAUUCCAAUGGAGAUCCCGUUGAUCCACAAGCAAAUAGUCGGAGUGUGUUCAAAAUCCUAAUUCUUGACAAUGAUCAUGCCGUGAGAAAUACGCUGGCAACGCUGUUAAAGCGUCUGGUUCCGGCCCAAGUCACUGUUGACAGUGGCGACGUGGUGAACUUCGAGAAAUCCGGUUAUGACAUUCUUUUCGCUCGUGGAGAGGGAACUCCUCUGCUACACAUGCUACCAAACUACUGUCGUCGAGGGGCCGUUCCAAUGUCCAAAAGACCCCUAUUUGCGCCGAACCCAUCCUCUUCUGUUCAGAAGAUAUCACUCCAGGAACAUGGAACACCUCAGGUCAUCUGCGAAUUUCAAAAGCAGAAGUUCAUUAAGAAGCUUGUAUCGUUUGUGCCUGGAGUUGAACAGGACAACGAAAAUGACUCCAUAUGGAAAUUUAACGUCUUGCUAGUGUUGUCAUCAGAUCUCGCUUCUUGCAGCUCUGAGCAGGAGUCUGUAGGUCAAGAUCAGCUAUUGGGUCAUCCAACUAUUGAUUCUGUAACUUCGGAUCUCUUUUGUGAUCAACAGGCCAUGGCCCACGUCCCAGAUGAAUACCCAUACCGUGUCUACCUGAUCCCGAUGAAGGAUACAGGGCCAGCGGACAGCUGCCAUCACAACCCUACUUUAGUUAACAUCCAAAGCCCUCACGAGCAUGGUAGUGUGCAAAGCGAUGCCAUCACCAAUAGCCUAUAUUCAUCAACCAUUGAAUUCAAAAACCAGAGCCAUGGGACACCGCCUUCGACUGUUCCUACUUCUAUGCCGCAUCAGCCCCAAAAUCCAAAAAGGAUCUUGGGUUCUUUGCAGACAACAGAAUGCCAAGCGGAAGAAGAGGAGGGUAUACCAUCAAGCCAUCCUAAGGAAAGACAGAAUCAGUGGUCUUCUCGCAAGUCCGAAAAGAAUUGCGCUGAAUUCGAUGCAGCUACAACGUAUUCUUUUGAUACGCUCUCUGAUGACCCCCAGUUGCAAUACUUUCAGGCCUUCAUAGAUCAACUCGCCGAGGAUGUUAGCUCCGAUGCUCAAUGCACAACUAUUAAAAACGUUGGACCAGAAUUCCUUGAAGAAACGCUCAGAGAGUUUGCAUGGAGGCUACAUGGAGAAUCAACGAAUACUUUUCAGCUCGAGACUUCUGUGAUCAUCCACCGUAAGAGGAGGCAUAUUGUGGACCUCCUCGAACUCCAAGUUCCGGCAUUUGAAACAGCUGAGAGCGAGUCUGGUCAUAGUUACAUGAGCUCGGGGAAAGCAGACUACGAGGAUGAAAGCCCCACGAAGCCCUUCAGAAAGCCAGAAGAAAUGAUCGUUGACUGGAUAGGCGACAUUGGUUCUGGAGAACCGAACGGUCUUUCACAGAUGCCCCAGUACAGACAGUUCAUCCUAGGAUCCGAGGCUUAUCAAUGGCUUCUAACAAAUAUCAGCCAACAAAGUCGACUAUCUUGCGAAGUGCCUAGCUUGAUGAAUAGGAUUGGCGCUACGAUCAGAAGUAUUUUGAAAGAACAUAUUCCGCAGCACAAAAUGAGCAGAAAGCAAGCAUGCAUCGACUUCGAAAUGACAUACUCUCUGACCUUGGAUAUCAUUGGAAUGAUGAAGCGCUCCGGGAUUUCCUCCUCCUUUGGCAAAGCCUUGACCAACAUCCUUUGCUUGACAGGCAAAUGCGACGAAGCGCAAGCUACAAGUGUCGCAGAAUACAUGGCCCAAACAUGGCCCCAAUCUGGCGGUGCCAUUAUUUCCCUAAUGCAAGCCCUUCUAUCAGACCAAGAGAGUUGUUUUAGUGGUGUGUCUCCUAAGACUGUUCAGUCUAGCACUAGGACAGCGCCUAACUGGCCCGGAACCACUCGAGAGAAUUAUUCCAAUCAUUGUUUUCUUAAGGGUUCUAUGCAUAAAGGCAGCAACAGAGACGUUCGAUACGAAAUCACGGCCAGGGGCGGCUACUACGCUGUUUCAGAGGUAGGUGAACAGAUUGCUUGGUUAGCUUCGGUCUUUCGAGAACACAAGCACACCGGCUUUAUAUCGAUCAUGCCACGUGUUACCGAUUUCUCAGCCACAGCCUUGAAUGAUAACGGUGGAAGUACCACUUCUGUUAUGGGAAAGUGUCGCUUUUCUUUCUCUGAAAUCCCGGAGACCGCUUAUAACCCAAAACAAGGCUUCUGCUGGGAACGGUUAUUCAGCUCUCUGAAUAUUGUACGAGGCUACCCGAUACUACGACGUUCAGUGCCGAACCCUGGCCUCGAGGUGUCUUUGCAAUAUGCAGCGUCUAUAGUGGGAUCUUCCGAGGUUGUCCAGUGGGGUAGCAGGCUGGUAAUCAAAGGUUUCAACAUGUUGAUGGUUGCUACACAAGCGACUGCUGACGUCGUGGUAUGGCAUCUCCUCGUUAGUCAAAAGCCUGAGGAGCGAAUCUCAUACGUGGAUCCGAGGCUCGAUCAUAUUGAUAUCAAAUCUUCUGAAGAAAUUUCCCUUCGGCAUAUUGAAGGCAAACGUCACAUUAUUGGAUGGUGUACCAAAGCAACAGACUUGUGUGGACAUCACACUGCUAAUCACGAGAUAAAACCUGGCGGUCUACCGAAAUCAUCAGCAUCCAUUGUUGUAGACAAGCUAUACAUAGAAGGUGGAAGUCCUGUUACUGCUGGUGUCAUGCUCGACGUUAACAAAAAGGAACAACCCUUUUGGCUCCAACGAGAGAAAGACUACCCGAGUCUUCUCAAUUGGGUCAAACUUCAACCAGUGAUUUUCUACGAUGUUGAAGAACGCCGUGCAUGGCUUGUCGACGGUGCUUCUGCCCUGCUCCAUCUCGUCCGCAUUUCACUUCACUUAGAUAUCAACGACCCCGAAUCAGCCUACGACUGGGUAUAUGAUCCCAGCAAGCUCAAAGACCACUGGCCAGGUGUUGGGAGUCGCCAAGCGGCACUUCAGACUUUAAAGAACUGGGAAAACAGGGCAUUAAACGUUUACAUCGUUGACAAGCACAUGGAUUCGAAUGGUGUACCUGCAACCAAGUAUUCGACCUUUGAAGAGCGAGUAAAGCGAAUUCUUCACUCCAUAGAGAAGUUGAUCGAUCGACAAGCCCAGGCGGCAUCUCAAGAUGGUAUCAAGAUCUCUCAAACCUUGGACCCACGUCGGGAUGUUGUUGGUUUCGACAUCGUGGAUGUCAUUGAUCCAGCAGUUCCUAUUUACCCACGUAUUCAGCAUCUCAAUUCAUGGGGACACGGAUGGAUCGACCUGAUACCGACUGUUGGUAUCACCGCCCUGUUCGGGCGAGGAUUUGGAGAUCUUAUACGCGCCGACGAACCUGAUUUGAUCUGCCCAAGCUGGCGAUCGGUUCCAGCAGGAAAAGACUAUCUUGCUGCUUCCAUAUCGACAAUGCAGAUGCUCCAUGAGAAACGUCUCCUUAGGAUGGAGCCGGGCCUUAUUGGAGGCGAACUAACCAAGAAGAUUACUUGGGUAGCUGCCAAAGAAGCAUCUUCGUAUUGCAAGUGCCUCAAGAGGCAAGCUAGUAGUUUUGUCCAAACUGCUGGGUCAGAGUGCAAUCACAACCCUGUCCAGUUCCUUGCCAAGAAAUGGUGGUCCCGUACUAUACCGCACGGCUUGAAGCCUGUACAUUUAGGAUCUCUUGAUGCUGAAGGGGCUGUGAUAUUUGGUCACACUGUUCUGGGACUUAGAACUGGGGACAGAUCGACGUCGAGACAGGCAGAUGAUGAUGGCGAGGCGUCGAUGACAAGCGGCGAACAGGCCCAGGAUGCUUCAGUAACUGGCUCAAUCGUGAGUCAGACUACAUCCAUUACUGUCCCUAGUGUCGGCCAUUCCAGCCAUGACGCGGAAAGUGCUCAGGAGAGUUUGGAUGGUACAAGCAACGCGACAGCUGAGGGUAAGAAGAAAAGAUGGUCAAAGUUCAAGAACUGGGUCAAAAGAUGA